CUACCAUUGUGUGGCUUUAAGUACUACUACUGAGCACGCAAAACCAUUUUCGAUAAGGAAUUAUGAGAAAGUGGAAUAUAAAUUUUAAAAAAAGUUUAAAUACUAGAAAUAAGUAUACUAAGCCUAAAGUAGCCCCAAAGUUUUGUUUUGUUUACAGUUUUGAUUCUGUAUCGUAUGUACUAUAAAUAAUAAAUGUCACGGUCGUUACUUCAAAUGUCAAUUAUCUUUACAAAAAAUGGUUUUGUUUCUAAAGUUUACUCAGAAACCCAUAGAAUUAAUCGAAAAUUAUAAUUAAAUACUUCAUAACUCCAAGGUGCCGAAUAUCUCGCAAAAUAUGGAAGCAGCCCAAAAAUUAAAACACAAAAAACCAAUCAGCAAGACAAAGCUUAAGAAAACAAUAAAGAAUAUUGUAUGCCGUCCUGACCCUAUAAACUGGCUGCUAGCUUCAACAGAAGAACAUUUAAGACUAGAAACAACUCUUCAGAAAUAUAGAGUGACUUUACCCGAGUUUAAAAAACCUCACUGGAAUGAUAUUAAGGAUUUACCCAAGGAAAAAAGACCUAGACCACCUCCAUGCAAAAGAGUGGAAGGUCUAAUAUUUGGCUUAUCAGAAUGUCGAGAAUCUCUUAAAAACGGACUUUGUUCAGGUAUCCUAAUAGAUGCAGAUGUGAAUCCAAAAAUGUUAGUGGAGCCAAUAAUUGAAGAUUGUUGUUCCAAUUUAAUACCAUUUCUUUGUUUAAAUGGCCUCAGAAAAACAAGUGCAGUGAAUUUUGGUAUUUCUACUUGUUGUCUGGGUAUCCAAAAAGGGUGCUUGUUGGACAUACAAAAUGAUGUCCAAAUCAUUUUCAAUCAGAAAUAUAAACCAGAAGUAAAAAAUAUAGUUGACAAUGAAAAAGAAAUUACUGAAACACCAAUGAUUGUUGAUAGUGAAAAAGAAAUAAAAAUAUAUCCAUAUUUAUAUAGGAAAAGCAAGAAGGAAAGAGUUUUCAAACCUUCAGAGUACACAGCAGCGCAAACUGUCACUGAAAAGUUUACUGGGCAAAACUUUAUAGGGAUUUCAGAAAAUAAGAAAAAUGAUAGUAAAUCUUAUAUGAAUAUGAUUCUAAAAAGAAUGUCUAAUAAUCCUAACAGAGUAAAACUAAAAAAAAAAUAUAUAUUUGACACAUAA